AUGGUGACAAAGUCGCGCACCUCCACGAAGGCUGCCAAGAACUCUCCAGAUGUCCCAGCUCGACAUAUACCCAACAAGACCUUCGUCAUCGACAAUGGCGCCUAUACAAUGAAAGCGGGCUAUGCCUGCGAUCCCUCGUCUUCCCCCGAAGAAGCCCUAUCCAACUGCAUCUCAAUACCAAACGCGAUCGUGAAGACCCGGGAUAACCGAAUUUGGACUGGCACACAAAUCGCAAGCCAUGUUACCGACUGGAACGAGGCGGUGUUCCGCCGCCCGGUGGAGAAGGGAUAUAUCGUGAACUGGGAAGCGGAGAGGGAGAUUUGGGAUCAGACUUUCUUCGAGGAGAAGGCGACGGCGCGGAAUAAGCAGCUUCGUAUUGCUCAUCCAGAGGAAACGACUCUGGUGCUUACUGAAGCGCCGAAUAACUUGCCGGUGUUGCAGCGGAAUACGGAUGAGAUGGUUAUGGAGGAAUGGGGGUUUGGAGGUUAUGUUAGGUGUUUGGGCCCGACUCUUAAUGCUUGGAAUGAGGUCCAAUCGCUAUUUGGCGAUCCCCUCAACAAGACCGACUCCGAUAUCAUGCCCAAGGACUGUCUGCUGGUCGUCGAUUCAGGAUACUCACAUACAACGGUGACACCGGUAUACAAGGGCCAGCCCAUCCAACGUGCCAUCCGACGGCUCGACGUCGGCGGCAAGCUCCUCACAAACUACCUGAAGGAGAUUGUAUCCAUGCGACAAUACAACAUGGUGGAUGAGACCUACAUCAUGAACGAAGUCAAAGAAGCAGUCUGCUUCGUUAGCAAUGAUUUCAAGAGCGAUAUGGAACGAACCUGGAAGGCGAAUCGCAAGCGUGAAGAAGCCCAAAGUGUGGUAGUGGACUAUGUGCUUCCUGAUCCAAAUGCACACAAGACGGGUUUCAUGCGCCCACAUGAUCCACUCUUACAUGCGAAGAAAAAGAAGGGUGCACUCUCUGGUCUCAGUGCCGAGGUUUUGUCUGAGGAUGUGCUCGUUCUAGGCAAUGAAAGGUUUACUGUCCCGGAGCUUCUAUUUACACCCAGUGAUAUUGGAAUGCAACAAGCUGGUAUCCCCGAUAUGAUUCUCCAGAGUUUAUCAGUGCUGCCGCCUGGAUUGCAUGCUGCUUUCUUGGCGAAUGUGUUGGUGGUUGGUGGUAAUUCUUGCAUCCCCGGGUUCAUGGAAAGACUAGAAAAUGACCUCCGAGGGAUUGCAUCUUCAGAAUGUGUUGUUCGCGUACGACGUGCUGAGGAUCCUUUCCGCUUCACCUGGCUCGGCGGCUCUCGUCUUGCAAGUAACCGCGAAGAACUGGGCAAGCUGGCCAUUACCCGCCAGGAAUACCAGGAAUACGGAUCUGGAUGGGCUGGCCGGAGAUUCGCCGGCAUGAUCUGA